UUUUUAUUGAAAAUGAAGAAGACUUUUACCGAGAUUAGGUUGGCUAAAAGCAAAACCCAUCUUGACAAGAAUCCCCUGAAGAUAAAACAUCUCUCUUUAUCGCAAACACCAAUAAGGUCGAAGGCAACAGAAUAUCUUGACCACCAAAUGACUCAUUUAGAAGCUCCCUCGACACUCUUCUCUACUCAAAGGCUGUCUAUUUUUGGGAAUGGGGAGGCCUUUAUCCAAGCAUUCACAAUGAAUUACAAGUUUAGUCUCCAGUGAAUCUUGAAAUACUUCCAGCUGAUCCAAGGCAUCCCGGAAGAAAUUCUUGAAGAGGUAAAAGUUGAGAUGGCUUUCCUUCUCAUGGAGAUAAAGAAUGCAGAAGGCGAUAGUAACAAGACAAUUAAUUGUGUACUUCAGUGCCUAGAAGCCUUCUUGGAGCAGUACAAAUAAGCUCAAGGACCUCAUCUAUGCCCAAAUCGACCGGUUAAAAAUAUUUGAUUCCAAAUAAAGACAAGCCAGGCACUAAGCAGUUAAAGCCCCUCUUUGAUGAAGUCAUUGAAAAAUAAUAUCAUCAAUAUCUUCAGCUCCAACUUCUUCCUGUUCUCCCUGAUAGUAGGGUUUACUGAGUUAGUUGAAGCAAUUGAGAAAUGGGAAGAAGUGCUUAGUGAAAGUAAUGUCCUUAUUUUCCAAAAAUCUCGCGAAGAGAUAUUUCAUAAAAAAAAGAGAUAUCUAAACUCUGUUCAUAAAAAGAAAGACAUUAACCGUAAUGAGACUGAUAAGUCUUUACUAGAUUCUGAAGAAUUGAAGAGAUCAUCGAAUUUUGAUAUUUCAGUCAGCUCAGGCCAAAGAAAAUAACAAUAAUUCUCAAUCCUUGUCUACUAA